UUUUUUUUUUUUUUUGAUUUUGGUGUAGGAAAUUAUUUCAAUCAAUUGGACCAAGUAGUUAUGAGAUUAGGCGAGGAUUUAGAUAUAAUUCAUGACCAAUUACCAGGAAUUGUCAAUUUUCUGUUAGAAAUGUUCAUAUUGUUCAAAGAUAUUAUCCCAUUAUGUUCGAGCCGAGGCGUAAUUUUGCAUCCUAUAAUGUUGUUCAAGAGAAGAAAUCCCGAAAGAUGUUGUAUUAUUUGACUGCUUUGGUGUUUGGAAUGGUGGGAUGCUCAUAUGCUGUUGUCCCCUUGUAUAGGAGAUUUUGCGAAGCUACUGGUUAUGGUGGUACCGUUCAACGUCGUGAGACUGUAGAAGAAAAGAUUGCGAGGCAUUCAGAAGAUGGUACUGUCACUAAAAGAGAAAUUAUGGUUCAAUUUAAUGCCGAUGUUGCUGAUGGGAUGCAGUGGAAAUUUACUCCUACUCAAAGAGAGGUAUCCAUUUCUAUAAAGCCUUUACAUUAAAUUGU